AUGCUGAUAGGAGCCGUGUCCUUGCAUCUGGUGGACGUUCGAAUCCCGACGCACGCCGUUCGUCACCAGAGCGCGCGCCUCGAGUGCCACUACGACCUCGACGGCGAGACUCUCUACUCGGUCAAGUGGUACAAGGACGGGCACGAGUUCUACCGAUUCAUGCAGAACUCGACGGAAAAUGUCGUCAUAUUGUCGUCGGUCCAACUUUCUUCGACAGGAAUUUACAGGUGCGAAGUUUCUGGUGAGGCGCCCUUCUUCGAAACUGUGACUGAUCAUCAAAGGAUGACAGUUGUUGCGCUUCCCGACGAGGGCCCGAAGAUAACAGGAGGGCGGGCCCGGUACCAAGUGGGCGAUACGGUCCACGUUAACUGCACCUCGGGCAGGUCCAAGCCGGCAGCGCAGCUCAGCUGGAUGAUCAACGGCCAGCCCGCAGACGCAGCCUACCUGCGAGGGCCCAGGACCGUUGUGCUGGGUCGCGAAGGUCUGGAGUCCUCCACCCUCGGGCUGGAGUUCGUCGCCGGCCACGAGCACUUCAAACGGGGCAACAUGAAGCUGAAGUGUCUGGCCACCAUCGCCACUCUCUACCUGGUGAGCAACGAAGAGAGCGUCGAGGGCGAGCGCCCGCAAAGGGCGUCGGUGAUGGAGAGUCGGGGAACGGCAGCGCCCUCUGGAUCGAGAGCGGAUAGAGUGCAUGCAUCUUCAAGCAACGAGAGUCAUAACCCCUGCGUAGCCUGCUUCACUGUGUGCUACCUCUCACUGUUAUUAUCCACGGCAUAAUCCUAUAUCGAGUCGAGUCGGUGAAAAUCCUUCCAGACAGCCAAAAAAUCAUCUGUGUGAGUAAAAAAAUGUUCCCUGCUUCGAACAUUCUAUUUAGGUAUCUACGUUCAGGAUUUUUGUAAACGGUUCAUAACGAAAUAUAAAAUUAUAUCCAAUAUUGGGAACAUGACAAUGUGCUGUAUAAUCAAUGAUAUUGUAGAAAUGAAUGACUGAAAUCCAACUUCAAUAAAAUAGGUAUCUCCCAUUCAUUAAUAAUUCUGAUUCGAAAAAUUUACGAUAGUCGGAAUGGGGAAGACCACUGAGAGAAGAAAUCCGUGCAAACCUCUUUCAAUCGACGAAUCAUGAUUUACGUUUGAUGUACAAUCAAUAUCAUGAGUUAAAGUUGAAGGGAAUCGAAUCUAUAUCGUUUUGAAAUCCGCAUAUUUCAUUCGAUACUUCAAACAGCCAAAUGAUGAUGGAGUCGUGACGUAUUAGUCCCGAACUGUAGCUAUCUCCCUCUGAUACAUCGUCAUUCUGCAGUGUUGCAGCGUGAUUGGUCAUUUCAAGGGCAAUAGGCGUGUUGGGAAUAAGACGUCGCACCAGUCACACCAAUGAAUUGACAAAAUUUCAAAUGGCGCAGGAAUUGUGUGUUUUGAAAUGGACAUAGUCUAAUUUAUUUUUUCCAUCGUCUUAGCAUGAAUGACAAAAUUGAAAAUUAAUUCGCUGGUAGUUUUUCAGUAUAGAGUUCACGAUAAUGUCAUUUUGAAAAAUCAGUGGUCUCCCCCAUUAUC